CUCAAAUUCACCACACCUGCAAUUCUCGCCUUCUACUACAAUGAGCCACGCCGCUCCGAAACGCAUCGUUCUUAAAUGUCCCGAGCGACAUUGGAAGACUCAGAAUGAGAUGCUCAAAGCCUUUUUCGAUUCACAAGGUCUCGAUCUAGACAAGGAUCUCUUUACACAUAUAUUGUUUGAGCCGUCUUCGCCUUCUUAUUUGUUCUUUGUCAUCGAUCUCCACUGCAAAACAAUCCCAGAUAUCAACCUCAGCCAGCUGGAACUUCAAAUUUUCAAAGUCUCCAAGAAGGAGCCAUUUACAUUCACGGAUCUUGGAGAUGUAGGCCGUAAGCAGGCUCGACCGCGAUCUCUAGAUACGCCUUGGGGGACGGACGAACGUACCGGUAUCAGUCAGACGAAUUAGCCGGCGUGUUCCCUUCACAAACAGGACAAUCUCCAGCUAUGUUCGUAUCCUGAAUGUCGCGGACAAGCGGUAAAUCCCUCUGAUGUCCACUUGCCGGGAUGCAGGGCGUGUUGUUGUUUUGAGUUGCAUUUUGACAUUGAUUAAUAUGGUGGCGGAUCUCGUGUUUAGGAUUACGUCGACAAGAUGCGUAGGUCCUGCAAGCCCAUUCACACAUUGUACUUAAAAGAUAAGGGAUGUAAUAGGAGGUGGUUGAUGUUUGAUAAAAU